AUGGUCCUGGGCCACUACCUCCUGCUCCUCUUUCUCCUGGCCCUGCAAACCCAGAAUGCCCAGAGUGCUCCAACACCUGGGCAGGGAGCAGUUGUGGACACAGCGAGAACUCUUUCAGCCCCUGAGCUGGAGCCAAAUACCAUGCUGAUUCCGAGCUGGUACCUCAAGCGGAAUAAUUAUGACAAGGUUCCUGAAGAAUUCCCUGAAGGAUUCCCAGAUGUUUCAGAGGAGCUCCUGAACACCUUGGAUGAAGCCCCAUCUGAGACAGAUUCUGAGACUGUGCUGGAGACCUUCCCUAUGGAAGAAAAUGGCAGCCUGCCAGGCUCAGAUGAAGAAAGAGAACCAACAGAGGACACCAGCACACUUGCUGAGCCUGGGGAAUAUUCAUGGUCAGCUGCUGGGCAAAAAGCCAAGACUGCUGGACAGUGGGAAUUUAGCAAGAACUACAUUCUAGCAUCUGUAGCAGUCUCGGCUCUGCUGCUGCUUGCAGCAGUGGUUGGGUACAUAAUCAUGUACCAGCUGCUGAAGCGAGACAUCAGGACUCAGGAAGACAAGGAGGCAACAAGACAGGACUGGGACUCUACCAGGGAAAGCUGUGGUCUGCCUAGAUGUGAAGCAGAAUCAAGCUGCCGCCUGUUUCCUGAGGUCUUUGCAGCAGAGCUUGCCCAGGUGUACAAGAACAUGGGCACAGACCGCUCACCUCUGCCCACGUGUUCCUUCUGUGCUCUGGCUGACGGUGCCUCUUCACGGGACCACUGGAUUUCCCUGGACUCACCUCAGCCCACACCAUUCUGGUGCCCCUGCUACCAGUACCAGCAGGAACACUUUAUAUUAGAGAAUGAUGUUUAUUUCAGUGAUCGUGACAGUGAUAAAUACUCUCCCGUUCCCUCUUUUGCUCUCGUUGCCUCUCCGUUCUGCUUCCUGUCCCUGUCUCUUCUGUCUUUAUCUCUCGGCUCUGCUCCCUGUGCCACGCUCAGCUCAGACUCCCAGGCGAGCUGCCCCAGCAGCCGGGACACGGCGGAGAGCUCUCCUGCAGCAGCGGCGAAUCGGGCCCGGGAGAGGCGCCUCGGCCCUCGGGCCGGAGCAGGGGCGCUCCGAGCCAGCGGGAGCAGCUGGAGCUGCGGCCCGGGAGUGGUUGCUCCGAGCCAGCGGGAGCAGCUGGAGCUGCGGGGCGGGCACAGCCCCACAACCGCGUGCCCGCCCCUCACGGCCCCGUGCGAAAUGGCGGCAGCAGGGGGCAAGGAGGCCGCGGGCUGCGGGCAGCGCUGCCUCCGUGCCGUACCACACGCGGCAGGCGGCUUCAGCAGCAGCACAGGUCUGGGGGCACUGGUCCCACAGCUGGUGACGAGCCGCCGAGCAGCACAAUGCCUCGAGUGCGUUAAAGGAGAGACUGGGUGUAUAACCAGUUAA